CUUCUCACUCUGUUUUCCCUUCCAAGUCAAAUAGCCAGUUCGUCGUUGCCAGAAAAUUUCUCAGUUUCCCUUUUUUUGUUUGUGUUCGAUCGCUAGUAAUGGCGCCGAAGGCCGAGAAGAAACCGGCGGCGGCGGAGAAAGCUCCGGCGAAGGCGGAGAAGAAGCUGCCGAAGGACGCCGCCGGUGGAGACAAGAAGAAGAAGAAGGUGAAAAAGGGAACAGAGACCUACAAGAUAUAUAUUUUCAAGGUGUUGAAGCAGGUGCACCCUGACAUUGGGGUCUCGAGCAAGGCCAUGGGGAUCAUGAACAGUUUCAUCAAUGACAUCUUCGAGAAGCUCGCCCAGGAGGCGUCGCGUCUCGCUCGUUACAACAAGAAGCCCACCAUCACCUCCAGGGAGAUUCAGACCGCCGUCAGGCUCGUUCUUCCUGGUGAAUUGGCCAAGCACGCCGUCUCCGAGGGUACGAAGGCUGUUACCAAAUUCACCAGUUCGUGAUUAGAGAAUUCGAGCGAGAUCUGGUUUUGGAGAUUGUGGUUCAAUCUUAGGGUUCGAAAGAAUCGGAGGCCUAGUUUGUAGUCUGAUUUAGGGUUCGAUGCCUACUUCUUUUUUAUAGAUUCAGGCCUGAACUGUUCAAUCGAAAUUGUUGGGUCUGAUAGUUGCUGAAUGGGGGAAUAUUGAAUAAACACAUAGGCAGUGUAUAAGAUUUAUUAACAGAGAUAUGAACUUUUUUCUUUGCAAA